CUUACAUUUAUUGUACUAAGCAACACAUUCGCACCCAACCUGGACAUUAUUGCGGGACUCCUGUCACGUAAACAUCCUCCAGGCCAACGACUUCCUUUGCUACCUCAUCUGCCUGAAUGGUUACAGAAGCGUAUUAUGGGUCAAUAUCUUGAUUCAUGUGGAAACGAUAGAAACGAUGAUAUUGACCGAGGUGAACCCAGGAUUGGCAUGCUUUGGUCGGAGGACUUCGGCACUCCCAGAUUGCACAUAGUAGAUUCGGGACUGGUGCCAAGAAGAAGAAUAGGCGAAUUUUCCCAUUACGGCCAAAUAGCUUCAGAUGAAGACGCCACCGUCUGGCAACCAGUCAGCGGGACUUGGAAAAAGUGGCCGAAUUAUGGACAGAACUCAUCUCACCAGGUGACUGCAUUUAGAAUGGCAGCUGGCAGCUCGGAAAAUUUGCCAAUUCGGGCAAGCUCAGCCGGGCCACUAGGUCCUCGAUCGCCAGAGUCUGGUGACAUCGAGGCUUCUGUAGCUAGUCGGGCCUGCCACGCAUAUCGAGCUGGAACUUAUCCACCGAAACCAAUCAGCUCUUUACAUGGACAGCUUGAAAGAGGGCAUCGUAAUUCCGGUCAGCCGCAGCUAUUCUCUUUUGAAACUGAAUACUUAAAUUAUUGCUAG